GCUGGAUGCGUCACUUCCGGUCGGUCUCCGGCUUCAUUCAGUUCCCUCAGAAGGUCGAGGCGAGUCAUGAAGUUGCGGGUGGUCGUGCACCUCACCGUCCUUUGGAGCUGCCUGAUCUGCUCCCAAACAUCUGAGGGGGAAAGCCUGGGGAGAGGAUUUGGAGAUCAUAUUCACUGGAGAACACUAGAUGAUGGUAAAAAAGAAGCUGAAGCCAGUGGUCUGCCGCUGAUGUUGAUUAUACAUAAAAGCUGGUGUGGUGCUUGUAAAGCACUGAAACCGAAGUUUGCUGCUUCCCAGGAGAUCUCGGAACUGGCACAUAACUUUGUUAUGGUGAACGUAGAGGAUGAUGAGGAACCAAAGGAUUCGGCAUUUAGCCCAGAUGGAGGCUACAUACCUAGGAUUUUAUUCUUGGAUGCUCGAGGUACAGUUCAUCCUGAGAUCGUUAAUCAAAAUGGAAAUCCAAAAUACAAAUAUUUCUACAGUUCUGCUGACCAAGUGGUGUUUGCCAUGAAGGAAGCCCAAGAAAAGCUGACUGGUGACGUAGCUGCACACCGAUACACAGAUGAAUUUUGAGCUGAUCAGCCGCUGGCAUCUGUACACUGUCGGACAAGAGAGAAUGUUAGAUUUAUCCAAAAUAGUUUACUGAUUUAACAUUGUGAUAUUAUUUGAAGGUUUUUUUUUGUUUUUAUUACUGAUCUUCAGAAUCAGAGUAAAUCUAGAAGGGCAUUCUUGAAUUUUCACAUCUUUGGAAGAUUAUAUCUAUUUCUAAGAAGUACUAUUAUGGAAUGGCUGAUUGCAUUUCUGUUAAUGAUAGUACUUUAAUGCAUGUAUCCUGGUUGUAAUCUAGUGAAAUUCUAAAUAAUGUUUGCAGACAAUUUUUUUUAAGUGUUUUGAAAAAUUGGUGCCUAAAACUCAUUGCUUAGUGCAAAAUCUCUGCUGUUAGAAUAUUUGUCAUGACAUGCUGCAUUUUCCAUGGAUCCAAAUUGCGUUUCUCCCAGGUUACAGCUAAAGCCUUGGUAAAUAUUACCAAUGUAGUUCUUUUAUUAACUUGUUGAAUUUUAAUAGUCUUUUCUUAAGUUACUUAAAUAUAAAGUAUUUCCUCAGAUUGAAUUGGCUCAAACUCAGCCGGUGAUAAUUUGAGCUAUAUGUCAGUUGAUACAUGGAAGUUAAUUCUGAACUAUGUAUUUAGAAACAUAAAGAUUCAGGUUUCAAAAAAAAGGCAUGAUUUUCAUCGUCUUGUAUCGUGGAAGACCUCUGACUUGAGCCAGGGUGUCAUAACUUUAAAAAUACUUAAUGACUUUGCCUUGAAAUUCCAUCCUCUUUUUGUUCUAUAGAUAGUCUAGUUAUUUGCUGAACUAGGGUGUUAGCCCUGGAAUUUGGCUGCACACAUUGGAGCUUCUGGUAUUUGGAAUCAUGAGGAAACCUUUUGGUUUGGCACCCCUCCAGAGAGGAAACCUAAUGUUGAGUAAACAGAGGGGAAAAGAUGGAAUAUGCAUAUUGCUCUCUGGUGGAUUCAUGAUGUAUGCAGCACUGGGGGAAGGGGAAACUUUAGCCUGAAUGCAAAUGAGAUCUUGGGAUAUAUUUGUAAUAAUGGACCAGAAUGUUUGCUAAGAUACUGAUGUAUUGGAUCCUACUAUUUUGCAGCAUAAAUAUCUGUCAUGAGGAUCAUGUAGAAUUACAAUGACAACUUGGAAACCUCGAAGUAUUAGUAGUUCUGAAUUCAAAUGAUUUUGAAAGUCUUAAUGAAGUGGCAAUCCUAAAUGGCUGGAAAGCUCUAUGAAAGUAAUUAGCUUUAAUAUAGUUCUACUGAUCUGGAUGCUAAUCGUAAAUAUUUGGGAUCAAAUUCAGGCUACUUGUUUUGCAUUUUUGCAUAGCUUGAGGUGGCAAAGUUUUCCUAGAACUGUUUCUAAGUGUCAUGAUGUUUAUAAAGAAUAUUUCUAAUCUUUUAUCAUUUUAGCUUAAUGGAGUCCAUAUGGGGCCAUAUAAGAAUAUUUUUCCACAUUUUUCUCCUGCAUAAUCUCAUUUCUUAACAGCAGAAUAUGUAACCUGGGUGUAUGUGACUGAUUGGAAAUGAUCUACCAUGAAAAUUUAUAAGAAUGAAGUUGGUCUAAUCAAAGAGCCAAUGUAAUUUCUGUACUUUUGAACAACUUAAUGUCCUGUCCUGUCUCAAAAACAAAUCAGAUAAACUUGUAAAACCUAGGCUUUUCUUUCUGUUGAAAUGUAUGAAGGGAUUCCUUGAAGAUAUAAUGGUGGGGGUGCAGUGUAAUUGUACUUGUAUUUUCUCACUUCUGUAUUUUUGAUACACUUUUUGGAAUGAAAAAUAUAAAGCUGAAAGAAAUUGUACAACAUA